CUGGGCGGCCCGGGAGCCGGCAGCCCCUCAAUAAGCCACAUUGUUGCACGAAACUCUAGCGCUGGACUCCCGGGCCGCCGCUAGCAACGCCGAGUCACCAAGCCCAGAAGAUCUGCGGGCGAGAGCAGCGCGCGCGUGAGCGGGAGAGGUCCGAUCACCCCCCGUGGAACCGAGUUGAGAUUCUUCCCAAGUUGAGCCCUAGGGAUCCUGUGGCUGAAGUUAGCGCCUUGACAGCGGGGCAACCCGACACGUCGCCGGGAGUGAUUUUUUUGGGAGCCUCCUAGCAGUUGUGACUCCCCAAACCUGAUCCUAGAGACCGGAGACCCUUCCGCCGGUGGGCCAUCGCUGUUAGCCUUCUUUGCGGGCCGCUCGGAUUCACCGCUCCCGGUCCCACCGAAGCUGUCUGACCGCGCCGCCCUCCUUCCCCACAAGCGCUCCAGUCUUGGUUUCCCAUCUCGGCGCCGUCGGGCCGUGGCAAAAUGAUCGCCUCGCAUCUGCUCGCUUACUUCUUCACGGAGCUCAACCAUGACCAAGUGCAGAAGGUUGACCAGUAUCUCUAUCACAUGCGCCUUUCUGAUGAGACCCUUCUGGAGAUCUCUAAGCGGUUUCGCAAGGAGAUGGAGAAAGGGCUUGGAGCUACCACCCACCCCACUGCUUCAGUGAAAAUGCUGCCCACCUUCGUGAGGUCUACUCCAGACGGGACAGAACAUGGAGAGUUCCUGGCUCUGGACCUUGGAGGGACCAACUUUCGCGUGCUUUGGGUGAGAGUGACGGACAAUGGGCUCCAGAAGGUGGAGAUGGAGAACCAGAUCUACGCCAUCCCGGAGGACAUCAUGCGCGGCAGCGGCACGCAGCUGUUUGACCACAUUGCCGAAUGCCUGGCUAACUUCAUGGAUAAGCUACAAAUCAAAGACAAGAAGCUCCCCUUGGGCUUUACGUUCUCAUUCCCUUGCAUCCAAACGAAACUAGAUGAGAGUUUCCUGGUCUCAUGGACCAAGGGGUUCAAGUCCAGUGGUGUGGAAGGCAAAGAUGUGGUUACUCUGAUCCGGAAGGCCAUCCAGAGGAGAGGGGACUUUGACAUUGAUAUUGUGGCUGUGGUGAAUGACACAGUUGGGACCAUGAUGACCUGUGGUUAUGAUGACCAGAACUGCGAGAUUGGUCUCAUUGUGGGUACGGGCAGCAAUGCCUGCUACAUGGAAGAGAUGCGCCAUAUUGACAUGGUGGAAGGCGAUGAGGGGCGGAUGUGCAUCAACAUGGAAUGGGGGGCCUUUGGGGACGACGGCGCGCUCGAUGACAUCCGUACUGAAUUUGACCAGGAGAUUGACAUGGGCUCCCUGAACCCCGGGAAGCAACUAUUUGAGAAGAUGAUCAGUGGGAUGUACAUGGGGGAACUGGUGAGGCUUAUCCUGGUGAAGAUGGCCAAGGAGGAGCUGCUUUUCAGGGGGAAGCUCAGCCCCGAACUCCUCGCCAAAGGCCGCUUUGAGACCAAAGAUGUUUCAGAUAUUGAAGGGGAGAAGGACGGUAUCCGGAAGGCUCACGAGGUCCUGGUGCGGCUGGGCAUAGAGCCGACAGAGGAGGACUGCGUGGCCACUCACCGCAUCUGCCAGAUCGUGUCCACGCGCUCAGCCAGCCUGUGCGCGGCCACCCUGGCGGCUGUGCUGCGGCGCAUCAAGGAGAACAAGAGCGAGGAGCGCCUGCGUUCCACCAUUGGGGUCGAUGGCUCCGUCUACAAGAAACACCCCCAUUUCGCCAAGCGUCUUCACAAGACGGUGCGGCGCCUGGUGCCUGACUGCGACGUCCGCUUCCUCCGCUCCGAGGAUGGCAGUGGCAAGGGCGCAGCCAUGGUGACAGCAGUGGCCUACCGGCUGGCCGACCAACACCGGGCCCGGCAGAAGACCUUGGAGUCUCUGAAGCUGAGCCGGGAGCAGCUGCUGGAAAUCAAGAAGAGGAUGAAGCUAGAAAUGGAGCGAGGUCUGAGCAAGGAGACUCAUGCCGUUGCCCCGGUCAAGAUGCUGCCCACCUAUGUGUGCGCCACCCCUGAUGGCACAGAGAAAGGUGAUUUUCUGGCCUUGGACCUUGGGGGUACCAAUUUCCGGGUCCUGCUGGUGCGUGUGCGGAACGGGAAGCGGCGCGGAGUGGAGAUGCACAACAAGAUCUACGCCAUCCCGCAGGAGGUCAUGCACGGCACGGGGGACGAGCUCUUUGACCAUAUCGUCCAGUGCAUCGCCGACUUCCUUGAGUACAUGGGCAUGAAGGGCGUGUCCCUGCCCCUGGGCUUCACCUUCUCUUUCCCCUGCCAGCAGAACAGCCUGGAUGAGGAGUUUGACCUGGACGUGGUGGCCGUGGUGAAUGACACAGUGGGGACUAUGAUGACCUGUGGCUAUGAAGACCCUCACUGUGAAGUUGGCCUCAUUGUUGGCACGGGCAGCAAUGCCUGCUACAUGGAGGAGAUGCGGAACGUGGAGCUGGUGGAUGGGGAAGAGGGGCGGAUGUGUGUCAACAUGGAGUGGGGAGCUUUCGGGGACAAUGGGUGCCUAGAUGACUUCCGCACGGAAUUUGAUGUGGCUGUGGAUGAGCUUUCCCUCAACCCUGGCAAACAGAGGUUUGAGAAAAUGAUCAGUGGCAUGUACUUGGGCGAGAUUGUCCGAAACAUCCUCAUUGACUUCACCAAGCGUGGGCUGCUCUUCCGUGGCCGCAUCUCAGAGCGACUCAAGACAAGGGGAAUCUUUGAAACCAAGUUCCUGUCUCAGAUUGAGAGUGACUGCCUGGCCCUGCUGCAGGUCCGAGCCAUCCUGCACCACUUGGGGCUCGAGAGCACCUGUGACGACAGCAUCAUUGUCAAGGAGGUGUGCACCGUCGUGGCCCGGCGGGCAGCCCAGCUCUGUGGCGCAGGCAUGGCCGCCGUGGUGGACAAGAUACGAGAAAACCGUGGGCUGGACACUCUGAAAGUGACAGUGGGUGUGGACGGAACCCUCUACAAGCUCCAUCCUCACUUUGCCAAAGUCAUGCAUGCGACGGUGAAGGACCUGGCUCCGAGGUGCGACGUGUCCUUCCUGGAGUCGGAGGACGGCAGCGGGAAGGGGGCGGCGCUCAUCACCGCGGUGGCCUGUCGCAUCCGCGAGGCCGGGCAGCGAUAGGGCCCCCGGAGCCUCGGCAGGGACUUCCUCUGGCUCCCAUCGCCCCUGCUUUCAACUGAGAUGCCAUCCCCUGUGUCAGAGACAGACUCUUAGCUCGCCCUUGGCAGAGGGGACCCUGCCAGCCUGCGUUUUGCCUCUGUGUGUCCUCACUGUAGAGUUUGGUGCCCACACCUUGGCCCUCCUGAGAAAAAUGCCAUUGGAAGUACAGAUUUGUUCACAUUAGUCACAACCAUUCCCCUUGGUUCUCUUAAAACUUAGAACAAAUUUUAACCUUUAGAUACACCACCCUCCCCCGCCCCCCCCCCCAGGCAACUUCCAGGUCCCUGUACAAUCCUGCAGGGUGGGGACACUAAUGAAAAAAUACGGCUGCUUCACCUUGGACCCCGAACAUGGUAUUUCUAGGUGGAGAACAUCUCCCAGCACGGAGGUUGGCACUGUUUCUCAGAGACCUGGGAGGUCUCCACUAACUUGAGCCUGGUUCUCCCACUGGCAGAACAUGGGGGAGGGGAGGGGCGCCAUGGAGGGAAGUCCUGGAUGGCCAUGCGAAAGCCCCUCUUCAGCCUCAUCCGCAAGCAUGGCCUGGUGGGUGGCUGUUCCUGGAACUGGAGCGUCCUGAGUCUGAGCGUGCAAUACCAAAGCCACGAGCUGACACGUCGUGCGCAUGGACUUGUCGCAUCUGCUUGUGGGUUCACCAGUCAUCCAUGGGCAAUGGACCUUGAGGGGAGGGUGGGGGACUUCUUGGUCUGUUUUUAAAAAACGUUUCCUACCGAAGUGUAAACACUGUAUUUUCAUUUUAACUUAUGUUUGAAAUUUAUUUAGUUCUACAAAGCACAUGUGCUUCCUCAUCUGGAUACUGGAUGUAAUGAUCGGUUGUAUGUAUGUAUUUAUAUGUUAGUUUGCCAUGUAUAUAGAUACACAGGGUCUCCUCAGACCUGACCUGCUAGUAGAUGGGUAGUUAAAGGAUGGAAAGAGAAGAUGCUGAUUGGUUAGUAGAAAUACCUCAUUCGCCUGUGGGAAGAGAAGGGAAGCUCUUCAUGGUGAAUGAAUGGCCAAGCAACUCCCUCCCGGUCCCUCCUUUCCCUGCAGACUCUGGAAUGUGGAAAGCAAGAGAGAGUGAAGGAGGCUGGGCCUAUGGGUUGAAGAAAUCCCAGCCCUAGCUGCUCUGUAGGAACUUUCCUGGGGCAAUAUUACCCGGAUGUUAACCAAAGGACUCAGACUCAUUGCUUUGGAACCUUUAUUCUUAAGGCAUUCAGUAGACUUUUAAAGCUCUCUAACAAGACAAGAGAAGCCACCAAAAAACAAUUUUAAAAAAAAUGGUGCCUGACAGUUGAUAACAAACCAAAAUAAUGAAAUAAACAAUGGAAUGAAGCCUCGGGGACAGCACUUGGGAGAGUUUGUCCUAGCAAAAUUGGGUUUGUAAAUGUUUUACAAGGAGCGUGUGGAGGGUUUCUUUAGCUGGAGCUGUUUUUACACAGUAUUUAUUCCAAAUUGCUGGGGGGAAGCAGUAUAAAACCUUUCAUACCCUCCUCUCCAGGAGUGAAGGUAAUUCUGAAUCCUUAAGCCCACUUCAUCCCUAAAAUAUGAGGCCCACACACAUUGAGCCUGAAUACUGAAUUAUAAAGAAGGAAUGGCCUUGCAACACCGUGGACUAGGACACAAGGGUCAGGACAGCAAGAUGGAAGAGACAAGUUUCAACGGCACCCAAUUCUUGCACAUUUAUCAAAUUCGUAUUGAGAACAGUGCCUAGAUUUGUGUGUCACUAAAGGAUGCCCAAGAAAUAGAGAUGAACUUUAACCUUUAAACUGGACAGUUAGGCUUCUUCUAGGAAAGUGCUCAUUUUUUAAAGGUCGAGCUGUGUGUGGCUAUGAAAGACGUGUGGUAGGUUUCCAGAAAGGAACACUGGCAAGUGCGCUUUGAGUGUCUGUGUUCCCACAACUAGGUGACUGUUCCUCACUGAUGCUGCUCUGCCGGAUGUAAGUACAGGGAAUCUCAAUCUUGGACUGGGAUGUGCCGAGUAGCGGAUUGUCUCAAAUCCUCGAGCACUCGGUCUAGUGAAGAUGUUGCUGUGUACCAUAAAGAAUUAGUUGCAUUAACAAUGUGACGUUAAGUAUUAUUAAUAAAUGUUAACAUUUUUCAAAAUA